GCGCGCCCAAUCGUGGUGACGCUUUCGUCUAGCCGGGGACUCGUGGGGUAACUAGCAUUACGGAACCAGCACCAUGGCGUCGGGCUGCAAGAUUGGCCCGUCCAUCCUUAACAGCGACCUGGCCAAUUUAGGGGCUGAGUGCCUCCGGAUGCUAGACUCUGGGGCAGAUUAUCUGCACCUGGAUGCACCCUGCUCUGCAGUGAGGCAUUUUGUUCCCAACAUCACCUUUGGUCACCCUGUGGUAGAAAGCCUCCGAAAGCAGCUAGGCCAGGACCCUUUCUUUGACAUGCACAUGAUGGUGUCUAAGCCGGAACAGUGGGUAAAGCCAAUGGCUGUAGCAGGAGCCAAUCAAUACACCUUUCAUCUAGAGGCCACUGAGAACCCAGGGGCUUUGAUUAAAGACAUCCGGGAAAAUGGGAUGAAGGUUGGCCUUGCCAUCAAACCAGGAACUACAGUUGAGUAUUUGGCACCAUGGGCUAAUCAAAUAGAUAUGGCCUUGGUUAUGACAGUGGAACCUGGGUUUGGAGGGCAGAAAUUCAUGGAAGAUAUGAUGCCAAAGGUCCAUUGGUUGAGGACCCAGUUCCCAUCUUUGGAUAUAGAGGUCGAUGGUGGAGUAGGUCCUGACACUGUCCAUAAAUGUGCAGAGGCAGGAGCUAACAUGAUUGUGUCUGGCAGUGCCAUUAUGAGGAGUGAAGACCCCAGAUCUGUGAUCAACUUACUAAGAAAUGUUUGCUCAGAAGCUGCUCAGAAACGGUCUCUUGAUCGAUGAAAUCAUAAGGAAUCCAGAGUUUGUGUUCAUGAAAUCUUUUUACUGGAAAACAGGAAUAUUGACUACCAAAUCAUACCAGGUUGAGGCAAUGCUGCUUUUCUGAGCAAUUAUUCAUUCCAGUGAUUAAAAUCUAUUGUGCAGAAUGUUCUAAGAGGUUAGAAAUUGAUGUAUACAACAUUCUUUAGUGAUCCAAUUUAAAGGUUAGUGUGGUUAAAAAACUGUUCUAAUAGAAUUGAUUUUUAUAAAGAGUGAAAAUAUGGGCUAUAUUAAGGUUACAAAAAAGAAAUGUAUCAUAACGCCUAAAGUGGAUAGACGUUAGCUACUAUGAAAAAUUUUUUUCCAUGUUUUUAAAAAUAAUGUUCUAUUGUUUCACAGCUGUUUUCCAAAAGCAAAGGGAGCCCUUACAUUUUUCCUGUUUCACGUCAUUUGUGAUUUGUUUAUAUGCUUGAUAAUAUGAGUAGUGUGGAGCUAAAAAAUACAAGCUUGGGCAGGAUGGCAUACUGUGGUCUUGGAUCUGAACAUUUAUUUUUCACUUAUCACCUUAGAUUUGAUUAAUCAAAAACUGUAAAGGCAAUGUCCUAUGAAACCCAGGGGUUCUAAAAUGCAAGCAUAGAUUUUUAUUGAGAUGUUUUCUUUGUGAUUCUUUCCUAUUCCUGGUUUUCUUAAUCUCAUUCAGCAUUCAUAAGGACAUUAAAUAAAUGCUUUUGUAUUAGCCCUCCAUAGAUAAAAAGUAAAGCUUUGGGUAUUCAUUGAGUUGAAUCCUGACUCUGCCAUUCUAGCUGUUUGAUCUCAGCAAAUCACCCAACCUUUUCACACUUCUGAUUUCAUUUGUAUGUUGACUAUAAUAACCACCAAGCAGAGUUGAAUUGAAGAUUAAAAGAGAUAAUUGUUGAUAUACAGAAAGCUUCUAGUACUAUUUCCAGAAUUUAGAGGAUGCUCAGCACAAAGUAGUAGAUAGCAAUGUAAGUUUAUGUGAACAUGGGUUAUAAAGUACUUUUGUAUAAUCUUAUUAAACCUAUGUAUUACUCCUACAAAUGGCAGGACAGGUAUUUUGUUCUGUUUAAAAAAUGAAAUUAAAGCUCUGUGAUAGGCUGGUAUCAUGGAAAGAUCCAGUAUGACAUUGUAUUUCUGAUCUGUUCAAUCCCCCUGCCACACCCUGCCCCCAGAACCUUUGGGAAAUAGGUUAGGUAAAAGAAGCUUCUUUUACUUAAUUGUCUCAUUUCCAGUCAAUCUUUACUCGUAGUAGUUCCGAUGACUGAUAAAAAUAUGGAUUUAUAGAUCUUUACCCCAGGGAUAUAUAUUUUAUUCUUAGAAAGACCAAGUAGGCCAAGAGAUGAUGUAGUAGUGUUAAUCCAUAAACUCGGUAUUUAUAACUGUUCCCAGUUAUACAGAGAUUAGUAGGUAUCAGCUACUUCAUUCUUCUAAAUAUUCUCAGUGUAAUAAUUAUGGCACAAAAUAAUAGGAUCAGUAUCAUAAAAUUUCUUGAUGCUGCUGGGAGUUCUGAGAAAUGAAUUUCAAAAAAUAAGAACAUUGAUAACCUAUCCAUGUAAUAGAACUUGCUUAGGCUUUUUUUUCCUAUACAAGGUAAAAGUUGUACUUUGCCUUAGGAGAAGUUUAUGCCAUAAAUAGGUAGUAUUUAACCAAUCAUACAACACAAGGCAUAUAGAAAUAACUUUAAUUAAAAAACUUACAUAGAAGAUUAUAAUAUCAGACAAGACAAAGAUUUGAAUUUUUUUUGCCAGGACAACUUGUAUGUCAGGCUUUUUUUUUUUUUUUCUUUAAGAAUAAAUGUACAGUGAAACUAUAAGGAAAAGUUUUGUCAGUAUUGAAUUUGAAUUUUAUCCCCUUUUAUAGGGACCAGUAUAAUUUCCAUUCCUAAACAAAAACUUUGUGUCAAAUUUCAUAGUCUAGGCCAAAUAGUCAGGAUUUCAGUUAGAUGAGUGUUAUAACUUGAAUAACUGUUUUACAUGACCAAAUGAUUCAUACAAAUUGUCCUCAUAUUUCACAUAGGAAAAAAUAUAGUAUAAUAGCCUCAAAAUGUGCAAUCUCAGUAUCAAAUAUUGAAGUAUUGGCGUCUGAGAAGUUCUAAUUCGCAAUCUAGGAUGCAAGUCAGAAUAGACAUUUGACUGAGCUAUGACAAAGAAGGAUCAAAUUAGUUAGAAAUAUAACAGUAUUUCUAGACUAGAAUUAAACCAUUGUUUACAUUUUAUAAUGAAGGACUUUCCUGUUUAUUGCACAUUUUAAAUUGGUGUUUUCAAAGAUGUAUAAUUUUAAAGUGCGCCCAUAUAUAAUUAAUUUGCUUGUCUCAAUUCUGUUAGGAGUAACAGAAAGUAGCCUGUGGUCAGUCCAACAGAUAUCAUUGAUUUUAAAUAAAUUGAGUAUUUUAUUAUCUGUGAUAAGAAUUUCCACAAAUAACUUCUCUUGGUUAAACAUGUUAAAAAACAAAAAUAACUCCCUCUCCAUAGUCAAGACUUUCAAAAAAAAUUUUUUUUUAAUCAGAGGAAACACGUGCUUUAUAUUUAUUGCAGCUUACAUUUCAUAGGGCAAAUUGGUACAUGCAAUUUUAAGUGGAGUGGGUCACUGCCAGUGUAAUUUAAAAACCCCGCGCGUGCAUGCCCAUUUUAUAUGUAUAUUUGUAUAUUAAUAUAUUUUGAGGCAAUUUUAGUGAAUUACCAUGUGAAUAGGAAAGAAAAUAGCUCUCAUUUAAUGCAAGGGUGAGUGUGUGUAUGUUUGUGAUGUUAAAAAUUACCCAAUAAUGUGAUUUGACAUCAAAUUGCAGCAGUUAAUAUCUUGGUGCUUGUAAUUUAUAUGAUAAACACAGAUGCCUAGCAUUUGUCUAUAGGUUAAAAAGCUAGCUACUUCUGUGGUUCAAGAAGGUAAAGAAACAAUCUUGCCUGUUCCCCAUAAACAGCAUGAAAGGUAAAUACAUGCAGUACAUUCUGUUAUUCUGGAAGUAUGACCAGAGGUGGGUGGGAGAUCCAGAACAGGGCUAUUUUUUUCCCCUCCUGACUUCCCUUCAGUUACAUCAUUUUCUUCACCUGUUGCCUGUCACCUAUUUUUUUUAACAUUAGUAAUUCCUAGACCAAAGGCUUUAUACUCUUCUGUUCCACCUAGCUGUUUUUUGGGGUGGUGGCCAUUCUCUGGUGCGCUGGUACAGAUGACUUCAGCAUGGAAAGCUGUGCUUGACACCUCAGUCUGAUUGUUUUUAUCCUCUUGGCAUAAUAAAGCUGCCGUAUCUUCAUCCUUCAGUGGAAAAGACCGUCGUUCCCACCACAAAGACUAAAAGGGAAAACAUUUUCAGUUAAGUUUCAAAUAAUUUAAGUUCAUGUGUCAAGUAAUAUGUAAAUGUCAAAUAUAUACUAACUUAUUCUUUUAGCAAAUUUGGACAUAAAUAUCUCUCAAAGUGGGAUGUACUGAAAAUGUAAUGACUUUGGGGCAUUGUUUCACUUUGCUUCUGUCGGCAAGAGGAAAUGGCUGUCACAGGGGACUGGUCUUCAUUUUCAGCCUAAAGAGUAUUUUAGGAAAACCCCUUUCAAAGUGCUUUUUUAAGUUUAAUCUAUUUCUCCAAUAUCUUAAAUUUCCAUCCCAUUGUUAUUAAGAUACCUACUGACUUUUUUUUUCCCCUGAGUUUGCUGCAACUUGCCUAUUAAUUUCUAUAGUCUCCACUCUCCAUUCUAGAGCUGGUUCUUUCUUUUCAACACCUAUUUAUGAAGAAAGGUGCACAAAUGGAUGCAGUGUUAGAAAGCACUCCCCUUAAGGUAGGAACUGGAUCUAUGGGGAGACAAGUAAAAACUGUAAGAGGAGGAAGAGAAAUAGCAGUUAACAUUUACUAUGGCAGGUGCUAUUCUCCAUUAGUCAUAUUUAUUUUGUAAUGAAAACAUCUGUAUUACCUAACAAGUAGGUAGGUGGAAGUUGCUAAUGACAGAAUAGAAAAAAAAGGGAUUAUAGUUAGUGGCGGACUAGAGUGUUGCAAUACAGAUCUGAUUCUUAUUAUUCUAGAAUGAACUAUGCUGAAUUCAAUAUGUAGUGAUGAAAAAAUUUACAAUAAGCAAUUUCUACAUACACAAAAGUUAAGAGGCAAUUAAAGUCAUACUUACUGUGAUUUCUUGAUUUUCAUUUAAGGGUGAGCCAUGUGCAUAGAGAUCAUGGUGCUCUGAAGGAAGAUCAGGAGGACUUUCAGCAGCACAUUGCUGACCGCUACUGAAGUCAUUAGGGCAUUCUUUCAAAAGAAAGUCCUGUCCUUCAACAUUUUUACUGUAAGCCCUAGCAAGAAAAUAUUAAUUUCUUGAGAUCUUAACAUUUUAUGGCCAAAGGUAUCACUAAAUUAAACAUAGUAUCUUUGCUUUACAUAGUUCCACCCAAAAGAUUUUAAAAAUUCAUCUGUUACCUUUCUGGUGCUAUUACUUUCCUGUUUAAAACGCUUAAAUAUUUAGUCAAAUCAUAUUUACAUAUUUAUCUCAAAGGCUUUAUUAAAUAUUUAGCCAACUUAUAAUAACAGGUUUUAUUACUUGAUUUUCUUUUCUUUUUUUUCGCAAGACAAGAAACAGCAAUUGCUUGAUCCUAUAGUCUUUGAGUUCUUAGGGUAUUCUAUGAUUACUAUAAUGUCAUCCAUGAAUGUCUCAGUUCAUCUUUCCCUCUGUAUUUCUGGAAAGUUUUACCUUUGGAAUGUGGGAAAGGAUGAGAAUUCCAUAAUCUCAUCUAUAUUAGGAGAACUCUGAACACGGAUUUAUAGCAAGCCUGGAUAUCUUGAGAAAGGUAUUUUUAAUAGCAUUAAUUAAAUGAGAGAUGCCCCUUCACUGAAGUGACUGCUAUAUUUAACAUGAUCUUGUUUUUAUGAGUUUGGGAUAUAUUAAAAAUAAUCAUGUAAAUAUAAAACACUAGGGAUUCUUUCAAAUACAUAAUUAUUAAUUAUGUUUAUGAUUUAUUUUCCCUUCCCCAAAGGUUAGUCUGUGUUUUUUAAAAGUACUUUAGACUAUUUGCCUGUUACAUAAGACAGUUAUUCUUGAAUUUUUCUUUUAAAUCUUGCUAAUUUGGAAAUAGUUAUGUUAAAAUGGACUAUCUAAUUCUAUCCCCCAGUGUUAGGUCCACUGUUAGAGUAGAUUAAAAUGACAUACUUUAAAUGUAGAGAUACAGUUUAUAUUAUUUGCCAGUUAAAUCUAUUCCUCAUACUGAUAGAAAACCUGAGAAAUAGAGUAAAAUACAGAAACUCAUCUUAUCCUCAUGUACUUAGCCCAAUAUAUUUUUAAUACAGCAGUACAUGAAGUGACACACCAGUACGUAUACUUGUACAUGACUCACUGAUACAUCCUUAUGUGUUCUUUUUUAAUGGCCCCCCAAAAUUCAUGCAGAAUUUUUGUUCAUUCCACAUGGAUUCCAUGUUUUUGAGUUUUAAGUUUAAAAUACUUGCCUACUGUUUCUUCUAUGCCAUUUGCUUUGUUCCCAUAGUGACCACCUGGCUUGCUCUCUCUCUUCAUAUUUUUUGUGUCUUAGGGAGAAGACUUCAUCAGAAAGAUCUUCUAUCUGGAAUUAGCAAAAAAGAUUUUGCUUUUAUGGGAAACUUUCUGAACAGGUUUCAAAUGGUUCAUCUAGAGAACAGUAGCAAGCAGACUCUAAAAUGCAGUUUGUGUCAGUCAAGAGAAUGUUAGGAGAUUAGCUUCGAAUUCCUGAAAGGUGGGAGUCCAAAACUUUUAUCUUUUUACUCUUGGUUCACAUUUGAAGAUUUAUUGAGAUUGCAAAUGGGUAUGCUUUCCAUUAGCCACAGCUUGCAUGAAAUAAUCUUAGAGUUUUAUUCAUUCAGUUGGAUUUAUAUCGAUUUUUUGUUCUUUAUGGAGCACACAUUGUUCUAAGAAAAUGUCAAUGUCAAAGAAAAGUAAAACUGAUUGUAAGUCAGAAUUAAUGCCUUAUCUAGGAAUCUAACCUGGACAGGGUUAUAUUUAGGAAUUUGGGUUUGACAAGGAUCAUUCUGAAAUAGAAUGCAUUACAAGAGGGAAGGUCAUUAAAGGUAAGUUGUAGGGUAGCUGAAAAACAUGACAGGGCAUAGAAAUACCGUUAUUUCAUAGAAAUCAAUUAUCUGCUACAAAAUAUUGCUUUUAGAGACCAUCACGUUGACAUUAGUUUGGUUAUAUAUUAUUCCCUAUAUUCUUGUCCUAGUGUAAUUUUACCGAUAAAGAUCUAUAAACCCUUACCUAUAAUUCCAUAAUCCAAAAAUCUGAAAAAACAGAUUUUUCAUAUAAUCCAGUCUGAUCUGAAAUGGUAUCAGGCGGUUUUUAGUGUUUAUCCCAUUUGAUUACAGAACUACUAAUACUUGAUUAAUGUUAUAAGAACUGUUUAGGCUAGGUAUUACAAGAUACAUGUACCAUAUUAAAUUCCAAAGUUUUCCAAAUUCAAAUGCAAAUUGGUUCGGGCUGGGGUUGUAGCUCAGUGGUUGAACGUUUGCCUCGCAUGCAUGAGGCACUGGGUUGGAUCCUUAGCACCACAUACAAAAUAAAUAAAGAAAGAUUUUUUUUUAAAAAAGUAAAUUGUUUCUAAUAUAUUGAAAAUGGAAUUGUAGGAGUGAAUAUUGACAGUGUCUUUUUAUAAAAAAAGAAACAAGAUUAAUGCUGAGAGGAAUAUGUCUAUAUCAGUGUCAACUCAUAAAUAGCAUAUUUUACUUUUCCUCUAUUUCUUUAAACAUUAUCUUUUUGAAGUCAAAUUUGCACAGAAAUAUUUUUCUAUAGAAUUAAUAACCUUUUUGAAAAACUUGGUAAGUGAAAAAAAAGUCAGAUGUUCAAGGGUUUAUGUUUUCCUUUAUUUCCUUAAAUGUUAAAUUAAACAGGCUUCAUAAUAUAAAAGGUGUAAUUAUCUCAUUAAAUGAAAGGUAGCUUACCUCUUCUUCACGUAAGUUAUAUUCAUCCAAAGGCUGAAGAACAACCAUCCUCCAGCUGUUGAAGAUAUAAACCAGUUUCAAAUAGCUUUUAUCAAUUUCUCUAACUGUAGCUAUUUAUUCUUUUAAGCACAUUGUGAUUUCUUUCCUUGGGAUUUCCAUAAUUCAUGUGGUUCUAUCUUAAUACUUUGUUGUUUUUUUUUAAGAGAAAGAAUAUUCGUAUUACGAGGAAAAAAAAACAGGGAAGAUGAGUCUUUACUUUUGCCUUUACAGUGAGUGAAACCUCUUCUGUAUAGUUGGAUGUUACAUACAUGUACUGAUUUAAAAAUAAGUCAGUGGUAUGCUGAUAAACAACUUGACCAAAGAGAAGAAGGAAAAAAAGACCUGAUUUGUCGUUUCUGCCAAUUUCUUUGAUGAGAAAAUGCUUAGGGCCCCUUUUCAGCUACUAAUAGUUUAACCGACUUACAGAAUUCUGUAUUUAAUAGCCAGGUCCACCAGCUAGUUCCAGCCCACUACUGCAAAUGAAAAAACAUUGUUGCUACAGAACAAAUGAUAUUUCUAAUUUUUGUAGGAAAUUUCAACAGGCUUUUAAAAUAUGAAUUCUCAUAAUACCUCUUAGAAUACUAGACUUGCCUUAAUACCUCAAAGUAAUUAAGAUAAACUGAAAUUAAACUAGAGAUGGGUAGGCCUUAAUUGGGUAUCACCUGGCUCAUGUUUUGAUUUCUAGUCUUUUUAUGUCUACUUCUGUGCCAUAUUCAUAUUUUUAGGAACUGCUUUCAUCACUGCCAGAAAUUGGGCUAACCUGACUGCCAAUAGAAGCAGAUCUGCAUAUGGUAUUCAGGGACCUCCACAGUCUGGUUCUUUUCUAGGCUUACCUGCCUUUAUCAAUCUAUGCAAAACCUAUCUGGCUAAGCCUUACACAUUUGCCAGUCUACCUUUGUUAUAAUCUCCCUGUUGUAAAUACCAUAACUCCCUGUAUGUCUUCUCAGACCUUCCCAUGCAUCUUUUAAGUGUUUAUUGCUAACUUGGCCAAAUCAAAAUUUUAGUUUUGUUGUGACAGAUAUUACUGUCUCAUUUUGUGAAUACAUUAUUACAAAGGUAGUUGCUUUCUUUGAACUCUUGUACAUCUCUUAAGGCAAAUUUGUUUGUUUCUGUAGUUUUUCUAUCAGUAAAGUGCCUUUUAGUGCCAUUGUACAUAAUAGGAACCAAAAUACAAAUGAAUGAAAAAAACAUGACUAGAAUGCUGAAGUAAAUCAAUCUAGAAAUUCUCAGUUCUUAAUAAAAAGUAAGAAGUAAAGUUGUGAUACUCUGGCAGUUUUUCUUCACCAUGAGUAAUGUGAAGCUUUCUUUCACUAUUUUCCCUCUGUGGCUAUACAAGUAGGCCAGAAAGCAGGCUAGCAUUCUCCUCUCAGUUAAGAUUUCCACUUCACUCUGGAUUUAAGUUUAUUAAAGGAAGAGGAAAGAAUGUAAGGAUACAUACCUUGGAGUGAUAAUUUCCUUAUAUUGGAGUUUCUCUAACUUAGCUGGGGCUACUAAAGACAUGGGAAUCACAAUGUUAUCUAUGUCAUAAGAGCUCUCACUUCUUAACCUCCUUCGUGCCGUACUCUGCAAAGUAGAAUUAUGGUAAUGGUUUACAUACCUAGUUAACCUCUGGUGAUACAUUUCUUUCAUUAGUUUCAUAAUAAUCAUCUAUGUAAUUUUUGUAAAUUCAUUGUUCUCAAAUGUGACUAUAAAUUGUUAAGAAAACCAGUUAAGGAAGUAUGCCUAAACUGUUUUGUCAGGUUUGUAAUUUGUGUAUUUAUGUGCACAAACAUAUAUACUUAUUAUUAGGAAAGUUUGUGAAAUAUGUUUUGGUGAAACGUUUAGUAAAAAUUAUUAUUAUAGUCUUCA